GACGCGGGCGCACAGUCGCGCCAUUCACUCCAACCUGCGCCUAUUUGGACCUGGCCGGAGGAAGGCUUCGCAUCCUGUUGAUAUUUUUGCACUUUUGGGUCCCACCCGAGCCGUGAUUAAACCUUUUUUUUUUUUUUUUUUUUUUUUGGUUGGUAUUAUUUCCCCCGCUUUCCCCGCCGUGGACUGAGGAGUUUCGUGGGUGUUUGACAUGGGGAGAAGUGCGCAGAGACGCGGCGGUGCCGGACUCGGGUCGCCGGGCGGCGUCCUCGUCUUGCGGCUGCUGCUGCUGGUGAUGGGCUGCUGGGUGCACGCAGGACUCGGACAGGUGCGAGACGACGACGACUUCCUCAGCCUGAGCGAGCUUCCCGAAACCUUCCCGUCCGACCCGCCGGAGCCCUUGCCGCACUUCCUGUUUGAGCCCGACGAAGGCUACAUCGUCAAGAACAAGCCGGUCAACCUGUACUGCAAGGCCACACCCGCCACCCAGAUUUACUUCAAGUGCAACAGCGAGUGGGUGCACCAGAAGGACCACACUGUGGAGGAACGCGUGGACGAGAACUCAGGUCUGGUGGUGAGGGAAGCCAGUAUAGAAAUAACAAGGCAGCAGGUGGAGGAGCUUUUUGGACCCGAAGAUUACUGGUGUCAGUGUGUAGCCUGGAGCUCUGCUGGGACCACCAAGAGUCGCAAAGCGCACGUACGCAUCGCAUACCUGAAGAAGUCCUUUGAACAGGAGCCCCUGGGCAAGGAAGUGUCUCUGGAACAAGAAGUGCUGUUGCAGUGUCGCCCACCAGAGGGCAUACCAGCAGCGGAGGUGGAAUGGCUGAAGAACGAAGAGAUCAUCGACCCGGCGGAGGACAGGAACUUUUACAUCACCAUCGACCACAACCUGAUCAUCAAGCAGGCGCGCCUGUCGGACACGGCCAACUACACGUGCGUGGCCAAGAACAUCGUGGCCAAAAGACGCAGCACCACGGCAACCGUCAUCGUUUAUGUCAAUGGUGGAUGGUCGACAUGGACUGAGUGGUCCGUGUGCAACAGCCGCUGUGGACGGGGCUUCCAGAAGCGAACACGCAGCUGCACAAAUCCCGCUCCUUUGAACGGUGGUCUCCCGUGUGACGGACAAGCCAUACAGAAGCUACCGUGUACCACCUUGUGCACUGUGGACGGCGGGUGGACCGACUGGUCCAAGUGGUCGGCCUGCGGGACGGAAUGUACCCAAUGGAGGAGGAGGGAGUGCAACGACCCGGCCCCCAAAAACGGAGGCAAGGACUGCGAGGGCCUCGUGCUUCAGUCUCAGAACUGCACCGACGGUCUCUGCAUGCAAAGUUCAUUGUUUCAGACGUCCGUUGAGCCCAAAGACAAGAGUGAUUUGGGAUUCACAUCUGCUCCGAGCACAGACGACGUGGCUCUGUACGUGGGCGUGGUCAUCGCCGUCAUCAUGUGCCUGGUCAUCUCCGUCAUCGUGGCGCUUUUUGUGUACCGCAAGACGCACCGCGACUUCGACUCGGACAUCAUCGACACGUCGGCGCUGAACGGAGGCUUCCAGUCGGUCAACAUCAAGACGGCCAGAUCAGAGCCCCUCCCCAACCUGAAGAUCAAAGUGUACAACUCCUCCGGUCUGGUCACGCCGCAGGAAGACCUCGGAGGAGACUUUACGUCCAAACUCUCCCCUAAGGUAACGCAGUCUCUGCUGGAGAACAGCGACACGAUGAACCUUCGCAACCAAAGCUUGGCCCGGACUCGAGACCCUUCCUGUACCGCUCACGGGUCCUUCAGCAACCAGGGAGGACACCUCAUUGUUCCCAACUCUGGAGUGAGUCUGCUGGUUCCGGCGGGUGCGGUCCCUCAAGGGAGGCUGUAUGAGAUGUAUGUGACGGUGCACAGGAAGGACAGCUCCAGACCCCCGGUGGAGGACGUCCAGACUGCGCUGAGUCCGGUGGUGAGCUGUGGACCUCCAGGAGCUCUGCUGACCCGACCCGUGAUCCUCACCAUCCACCAUUGUGCUGACAACGUGCAGGAGGACUGGCUCAUCCAGCUGAAGAAUCAGCUGGCCAUGGGCGAGUGGGAGGAUGUGGUGGUGGUGGGAGAGGAGAACUUUACCACUCCCUGCUACGUUCAGAUGGACUCCGAAGCGUGUCACAUCCUCACUGAGACGCUGGGCACGUACUGCCUGGUGGGCCAGUCCGUGGGCAAGGCGGCCGCCAAGAGGCUCAAACUGGCCGUCUUUGGACCAGUGUCCUGCACCACGCUGGACUACCACAUCAGGAUCUACUGUCUGGAUGACACGCAGGACGCACUCAAGGAGGUUCUUCAGAUGGAGACCCAGAUGGGAGGCAAGCUCCUGGACGAGCCAAAGACUCUGGACUUCAAAGACAGCAGUCACAACUUGAGACUGUCCAUCCACGACGUGCCGCACCCGCACUGGAAGAGCAAACUCAUCGCCAAGUAUCAGGAGAUCCCCUUCUACCAGGUGUGGAGCAGCAGCCAGAGAAGCCUCCACUGCACCUUCACGCUGGAGAGGAUGAGCUCGGCCAUCACGGAGGUCAGCUGUAAGCUGUGUGUGCGGCAGGUGGAGGGCGAGGGGCAGAUCUUUCAGCUCAGCAACACCCUGGAGGAGGAGCUCCAGUGCAUAGACACGUCCCUCAUGGACCCGGCCAGUAACAUCACCACCUUAGUCGGACCCAACGCCUUCCGCAUCCCCCUGUCCAUCAGACAGAAGUUGUGUGGCAGCUUGGACGCGCCGCAGACUCGAGGGAACGACUGGAGGAUGUUAGCCCGAAACCUCAACCUCGACAGGUACUUGAACUACUUUGCCACCAAGUCCAGUCCCACGGGGGUCAUCCUGGACCUGUGGGAGGCCCAGCACUUCCCUGACGGAGACCUCAACGAGCUCGCCGCCGUGCUGGAGGAGAUGGGUCGCCAUGACAGCAACUUCUGCUCCAUGACCACGGAACACUGACCUGGAAACGUUGGCACGACGACGACGACGACGUACGGCGCUAAAGACGUCGGCGGCGCCAGGAUGCGAGCGGGCGUGGAUCCCGCCACGUGCGUCUUCUUGGGACUUUUCGCCGCCAAUCAAGGGGAUGGGGGAGCUGAAGACAAGACGUCAAAAAGACUUCAAAAGGGAGACAGGUUGAACAAAGACGUUUUUAUGCUACUUGGCGCGUGGCUGGUUAAAGCAACUGUCAAUCAAAUGUCACCUAAAAACAAGCCCCGCCCCUAAAAAAAAAACAAUUGGAUGACGUCAUCAAUAAUGGCUGAAGUUCUUUUUGGUCCCACUGGUGAACGGAAGGGCAUUUAUAAAAAAAAAAACAAGCCAUUGCAGGGAAAAGUUAUUUUCUUCCUGGAUGAGGAUGAGAACAUAAGGAGGAAAAGUGUUGGGAUGAGGCAGUGAACGCAUCACGUCAUCACUUCAUUGUCGUGCAGUUCAAGUGGCUUUGACUUGGACGUGAUCACUAGCGCCCUCCAGUGGCCUUUGACCAAUAUAUACAGUAUAUAUUUUUGGGAUCGCGUGAAUACAUGAUUAUUAUCUAUAAAAUGGUAUUAUAUUUUUGCUCAGUAAUCAUUGUUGUUUAUUACAUAAUCGUCAUUAAUAUUUUUAUUUUAUUUUAUGUUUUAGUGUUUUAAAUGUUGGCGCUUACGUUUUUAUAUUAAAUUAAAUAUAUAUAAGGUUCCAACCCAUGUUAUUGUUUAAAUUACAUAUUUUCCAACCCUUCAUUUUUUUUAAAUCAAGUAUUUUAAUUUAAAAACUGUUCAAAUUUAUUUAUGUUCUUAUACUUUAAUCUUAUGUCUUAAAUAAAAUUAUUU